ACGAGGCCUCGGAUUGCGUGCUUUGUUGUUCAACUCGCGCUUUACUCUUCGUUUUUUUUUUUUCAAUCUGAAAUCAUACUUCUCGAAUCUUGUUUCUUUCUUCUUCGGAAAUCCACCCUAUAUCAGACUUGUCGGGACUCCGUUGCCCAUGUCUGAUACCCCUUGCACAGAAAAUCUCGCCAUGGACCCUCCUCCUGACGAAUUCCGCAACUGGCUGGCUCUGCCCCGGGACGUGACAGCGUCGAUCCUGAUGAGACUGGAGGUAUUCGAUAUCCUGACGAGCGCGCAGAUGGUGUGCACGCCGUGGCACAACCUCUGCAAGGACCCGUCGAUGUGGCGCGCCGUCCACAUGCGCGACUACGUCACCCGCUUUGAGUUCCCGUUCCGGCCGUACGACCUCGAGAAGAUGUGCCGCCACGCCGUCGAUCGCAGCUGCGGCCAGUUGGUCGAUAUCAACGUCGAGAACUUCGGCACCGACGAGCUCCUCAGGCACAUCGCUGACAGUUCAAGUCAGCUCAAACGCCUUCGACUUGUAAAAUGCUAUGGCAUUUCAGACAAGGGAUUGAGUGGAGUGGCUGCAAAACUUCCAUUGCUAGAGGAGCUUGACAUUUCGUACUCUUUAUUGUCAAAAAAUGCUCUUGAAGCUGUGGGCCGCUGUUGCCCUCUUUUGAAAUCACUCAAAUUUAACAAACUAGGGCAGAGGUACUAUGGAGCGUGUGAUGAAGAGGCACUUGCUAUUGCAGAGAACUUGCCUGAAUUGUGCCGCCUCCAGCUUUUUGGAAAUAAGCUGAGUAAUGACGGCUUACAGGCCAUCCUUGAUGGUUGUCCUCACCUUGAAUCACUUGACCUGCGCCAAUGUUUCAAUGUCACUUUGACAGGAAAUUUAGGAAGAAGAUGUGCUGAACAAAUUAAAGACUUGCGGCGUCCCCGUGAUUCCGUUGAUGACUAUGAAUUUGCUGCUUCUUUUGGAUUAUUCAACGAUAACUACGAUGAAAAUGAUACUUACAUGCUUCUUUGAAGCUUACGAUCACCCUGACUACUGAGAUUUUACGAUGGGGAUUUUUGUUUUCACUACGUAAAUCAAAUGACUCAACUCUUGUCUCCUAAUAUUUUGAAUGCAUUGAUUUCAUGUGCACCGUUAUAUAUAUUUUCAUUUGAAACGGAGAGAUU